AUGCGGAGAGCCGCCGGGAUGGAGGACUUCGCAGAGGAAGAGGAGCCCUGGUACGACCAGCAGGACCUAGAGCAGGACCUGCACCUGGCUGCAGAGCUGGGAAAGACGCUGCUGGAGAGGAACAAGGAGCUGGAGGAGUCCCUGCAGCAAAUGUACUCCACCAAUGAGGAGCAAGUGCAGGAGAUCGAGUACCUGACCAAGCAGCUAGACACCCUGCGGCAUGUGAACGAGCAGCACGCCAAAGUGUACGAGCAGCUGGACCUGACAGCCCGAGACUUGGAACUGACCAACCAGAGGCUGGUGCUGGAGAGUAAGGCUGCCCAGCAGAAGAUCCACGGGCUGACAGAGACCAUUGAGCGCUUGCAGGCCCAGGUGGAAGAGCUGCAGGCCCAGGUGGAGCAGCUGAGGGGCCUGGAGCAGCUGCGAGUGCUCCGGGAGAAGCGGGAACGCAGGCGUACCAUCCAUACCUUCCCCUGCCUCAAGGAGCUAUGCACCAGCCCCCGGUGCAAGGAUGUCUUCCGCCUGCACAGCUCCUCCCUGGAGCUGGGCCCGCGGCCCCUGGAGCAGGAGAACGAACGGCUGCAGACCCUGGUGGGGGCGCUGCGCUCCCAGGUGGGCCAGGAGCGGCAGCGCAAGGAGCGGGCGGAGCGGGAGUACGCGGCGGUGCUCCAGGAGUACUCGGAGCUGGAGCGGCAGCUGUGCGACAUGGAGGCCUGCCGCCUGCGCGUGCAGGAGCUGGAGGCCGAGCUGCUGGAGCUGCAGCAGAUGAAGCAAGCCAAGACCUACCUGCUGGGCCGGGAGGACCACCUGGCCGAGGCCCUGCUCGCACCCCUCACCCAGGCCCCCGAGGCCGACGACCCCCAGCCGGGCCGCGGGGACGAUCCCGGUGCCCACGACGGCGUCUCCUCGCCGGCGGCCUCCCCCGGCCACGCGGUGCGCAAGAGCUGCAGCGACACGGCGCUCAACGCCAUCGUGGCCAAAGACCCGGCCAGCCGGCACGCAGGCAACCUCACGCUGCACGCCAACAGCGUGCGCAAGCGGGGCAUGUCCAUCCUGCGGGAGGUGGACGAGCAGUACCACGCGCUGCUCGAGAAGUACGAGGAGCUGCUGAGCAAGUGCCGGCAGCACGGGGCCGGCGUGCGGCACGCCGGCGUGCAGACCUCGCGGCCCAUCUCCCGGGACAGCUCGUGGAGGGACCUGCGAGGGGGCGAGGAGGGCCAGGGGGAGGCCAAGGCCGGCGAGAAGAGCCUGAGCCAGCAUGUGGAGGCCGUGGACAAGCGGCUGGAGCAGAGCCAGCCCGAGUAUAAGGCGCUCUUCAAGGAGAUCUUCUCCCGGAUCCAGAAGACCAAGGCUGACAUCAACGCCACCAAAGUCAAGACGCACAGCAGCAAGUGACCCUUUCCCAGCCUGCAGCCUCGCCACCUCCCCAGGGUCCAGGCGGUGGGGUCCUUCGGGCCUGGACCGUGCAGCCUUCCGUGAGUGAGAGAGCCCCUUAGCAGCAAUACAUCACAGCACGUGGCCACUCCAGAGAUGCAUGAGGAACGGCCCCUCGAUCUGGAAGCACAGCAUGUUCCCUGCUGACGUGGGAGGCGGCCAACCUGUCCUGCCUCCCAGGAGCCUCUGGUCAUCCCACGUCAGCCCAAAGGCUUAGCUCAGAGUUUCAAAGCCAAACGCCCCCACUCCCCAGAGA